UCCUGGGAGACUGUGUCUGGAUGGGACCUAGCUGAGGGUCGAUUCAUCUUGACUUGAGUGGCAAGAAUGGGGGAGAUUCACAGCUUUUUCCUGGUCACCAUUGCUCUGAUAAUGGGCAGAGAAAGCUGGGCCCUGGAGAAUGCGAACUGUUUGCGGGAGCAGGAAAGGCUCCGAGCUCAGGUGCACCAGCUUGAGACCCGGGUUAAACAACAACAGGCUAUGAUCGCCCAGCUCAUGCAUGAGAAGGAAGUCCAGUUCCUGGAUAAGGGACAGGAGGGAAAUUUCAUUGACCUUGGAGGCAAGAGGCAAUAUGCAGAUUGUUCGGAGAUUUACAAUGAUGGAUUUAAGCAGAGUGGAUUUUACAAAAUCAAACCUCUCCAGAGCCAGGCAAUAUUCUCUGUUUAUUGUGACAUGUCUGAUGGAGGAGGAUGGACUGUAAUUCAGAGACGAUCUGAUGGCAGCGAGAACUUUAACAGGGGUUGGAAUGACUAUGAAAAUGGCUUUGGAAACUUUGUCCAAAGCAAUGGUGAAUAUUGGCUGGGUAACAGAAACCUUAACCUACUGACUAUGCAAGGAGACUAUACUUUAAAAAUUGACCUGACAGAUUUUGAGAAAAAUAGUCGCUUUGCACAAUACAAACAUUUUAAAGUUGGAGAUAAAAAGUCUUUUUAUGAACUGAACAUUGGAGAAUAUUCUGGAACAGCUGGGGACUCCCUUUCAGGGACUUUUCACCCCGAAGUGCAGUGGUGGGCUAGUCACCAAAGAAUGAAGUUCAGCACAUGGGACAGAGAUAAUGACAACUACAACGGGAACUGUGCUGAGGAGGAGCAGUCUGGCUGGUGGUUUAACAGGUGUCACUCUGCAAACCUGAAUGGUGUGUACUAUCAGGGCUCCUAUACAGCAGAAACCGAUAAUGGGGUUGUCUGGUACACCUGGCAUGGGUGGUGGUAUUCCUUGAAAUCUGUGGUAAUGAAAAUUAGGCCAAAUGAUUUUAUUCCAAAUAUCAUUUAAUUGUUCCCAUUGUCCUCUUCUUGCAACUUUUGGUUUGAAAUAUUUGAGAAAUACAAUCCUGAAUACAUGUAUGCAUGGUGA